UAUGUCACAGAAACUUGUUUCGAACCCCAACAGAUUUAUACAAACAAUUUUGUCAAAAGGCAAUUAAACUAAAAAAAAAGAAGAGAAAAAAGUUGAGUUGCUGCAAAAAUGGCUGCCACCAUCUUAACUUUUCUUCCACAGUUCAAUGGACUCAAAACCAACACCUUCUCUACUUCCCCUAUUCAGGGCUUGGUGGCCGUUCAACCCAUGAGGAGUAGAGGGCAAGGUGCUCUGGGUGCUCGCUGUGAUUUUAUUGGCUCGCCCACAAAUUUGAUAAUGGUGACAUCAACAAGCCUAAUGCUCUUUGCUGGUAGAUUUGGGUUGGCUCCAUCAGCAAACAGGAAAGCCACAGCAGGGCUAAAGCUUGAGGUUAGGGACUCAGGUCUCCAGACUGGAGAUCCUGCUGGAUUUACACUCGCUGACACCUUGGCUUGUGGUGUUGUUGGUCACAUUAUUGGUGUUGGGGUUGUUCUUGGCCUCAAAAACAUUGGUGCUAUCUAAAUAAUCUCUUGUUUAUAACAAAAUAUUUUCUUGUGUAUUCCAGUUUCUAGCAUUUAUGUUGCUAGCACUCCUGUUUUUC